ACUACCUCACUGGAAAUGCCCUCAUUACCAGCUUCUGAUGGGUUUCAAAAUCCAGUCCAGUCUUCAGGACUAAAUUCCAAGAUCUGUAAUUCCACAAAUCAAUUACUUGAUCGUUCUGUCUCUGCCCCUGCUUCAAUUUGCUCAUCCGAAUCUAGCCUCGCAGAGCCCAUUGAUCCUAGAGCCGUCAAGUCUUUUGAGUCUUCAACUGAAUGCCAGAUAACCCCAGAAAAAGAACAUCCUCUCUUACUACAGCAUCUUUCCAAUAACGCUUCCUUGGCACAUAACGACCCUUCUCCCCAGGCAGGGGAGGUAACCUGUUGCAAUCCAGCUUGCCUUUCACAGAAGACACUCAAAGAAACAUUUAUUGCUGACAGUCUAAAGGAAUGUAACGCUAAAGAACAAGACUGCAGUCAGGAACAUCCUUUGGAAGUGACACAAGAAACUAGUGUGGCUGACACUGCUGCUAAGCACGGGCAAAAUAAAGAUGUAUGUCUGUCUUCAGAACAGGAGCAAAAGCAUGAGCUUCCCAUAGACCAUCAGAUCUGCAAAGAACCGGAGAAGGAACAUCUGGAGAAGCAAGCUGAGACAACUGACCCAGAACCUCCUUGCCAUGUUGGUGGGGUUGAGAAACCUGUUGUGGAAGAAGCCAGCCAGCCAGAAAAUCCUCCUGCAGAAAUGAGAGGAGAUGGACUGGAGAAAGCAGGUCUUUCCUGUGUGAAAGGGAGUAUCCAAAUGUCAGCCUCCCGUAGCUAUAUGCAUACGGAAGCCUUCAUGGAAGUAGAUGUAGUUGAGCAGUCUGUAGCUGAAGCGCACAGCUCGGCAAGCCAGCAGAAGCGGCAGGCUGAGAACAGAAGUGUAUCUGACCUGAACUUGGACGCCUCUUCUAUGGAGGUCGAGUUGCUGAAGUCUGCAUCCUCCUUGAGUGAUCCACUUUCCGCUGGUGAUGUUCCGCAGUCUAAAAGCACUAGUGAAAUUCCUGCAAAGUAUAAUGAGUUGUCUAAUUUGGUAGCUGAAGGCAGCUCUUCCCCCUCCAGCAUCCAUCAGCUGGACACGGAUCCAGGAAGACCUUCAGAAGAGCCAUGUUUCUCUUUAGCAUCAGCCUUGAAAGAGCUGCACAAACUCUUGAUUAUCAGUCGGAAAGGAGAAUGUAAAAUCCUUGCCUCUGAAGAAGUCUCUCAGCUGGAAAUGGUUCACAAAGAGCCAGCAGCGCAACAGAAGGGGCUUUCUGAAGAUGAGCAGAAAGGCUCAGAUCCAGCCAGCCAGGAACAGAGUUGUUCCUUCUAUGAGGUGAGGUCUGAAGGUGGAGGAGCGGAGGGGAAACAGCCUUGUGAUUCUGGCGUAGGAAACAUCAGCAUUGGGUCUGUCAGUCACAUGCAGUCAGCUCUCCGAGAAGGUGCUUUAGAGAUUCAGAAGUUUUCAGGUAAGAGUGAUUUGGUCGUGGUGAAUUCUGCAGCGACGUCUGACCAACCACAGAGCUCUGAGCAGGCGGAGGUUUUGGUAGAAGGUUGUCAGAGUCCAACUGGUCUGACUUUGGAGCGAAACGCAUCUGUUUCCUCUAAACCUGCUUUGGAUGAAGGUGCACCUCAGGGUACUCGGAGCCUGUUUGCAGGAGCACCUGGGAGAAGCAGUAGUUCUGCUCCUGAAGGUGCCUGGCCGUUGGGUGGGUGUGAGGAACCACUGCUGACCCCACCAGCUGGCUAUACUGGACUUUCCUCGGAUGCUUCUCCACCACCUGCUUUCCCUGCGGCUGAUAUUGAUCGGAUCCUCGGUGCUGGUUUUACCACGCGAGAAGCUCUUGAGGCCUUGGAACAAGCGGAUGGAAAUGCAGAUCUUGCUCUUCUCAUUUUGCUAGCCAAGAGUAUCGUUGUUCCUACGUAACUACGGAAGAGGUAGCUGACUGGGGUGUCUUUUCUUUCAAAGGACGUAUCUAAAUUAUACACCAUAAUAUUCAAGCAGAAUGUUGAGCCAGAUUUUUUAAUUAUUUGCAGCCAAAGUAACUUGUCUCUCCUGUUUCACUUGUUAGAUUUGGCCUUUUAAAAGAAAGAAAACAUCCUAGCAUUGUGUGGACAGGAUAGCUUUUAAUUAUGCAUACUGGAUUAAAAUUAGUGUUUUUAUUUAAAUGUACAAUUUUAGAAUAAGCUCCAAUGUUACGAAUAAAAAGCAGAAGCCAUUAAGAUCACCGCCCUGUCCGGCACAAAGCAGAUUGUGAAGUGAAUUGGCUGUGCGUGUGUGUGCACAGGACAGGAGGUGCACGCUGAGUUCGGUAUGGCGCAGACACGAAACAGCGCUUGUCCAAACGGACUUUGUGGAUUUGUUUUAGCUCUCCCGCCUUUUGUAACCCAAUGUCCGUCUGUGACGCUGAUGAAACUAUUAUGGCAGCUACUAAAGGUAUGUAGAUGCCCACAGACAUGUAACACUUUGCAAGAGGAGUGAGGGGUGGAGGGGGUUUUCGGAAGUAUG